CAACAAUCCCAAUUUAAGUAAUCACUGACAGGACCAUCCUUCCAUCAUCAAAGUUCUUCGUCAACUUUAUUUUUCCACCAUUAAAUUGUUGCGCAAUUUCCGUUCAAUCUCUGGGAAAAUGAUUUGGUAUCCCCUCAAUUCCAGCCACGAGAUUUGACCCCUUAUCCAUGUGAGUUGGUAUAUAUGCAGUGCACUGAACCUUGGUGGUUAUAGUAGCUCACGGAGUCUUCGUUUGGUCACGAGAUUUGGCCAGAGUGUCUGUUGGGUAGUUCAUAUUUAUGCCCACUGAAUUCACUCAAAUUUGUUUUGUAGAUAGUCGUAUCCUUCUCUGCCACCUGUUUUGCCCAUUUAGAAAGCCAAUUUGAAAAUGUUUUUCCAACAUUUGUUGCUUGUGGUUUUCUGUUUAAUGGGCCGCAGCUUAGCCUGUGCAGCCAAUACCGAUCGUUCUUCACUUCUUGCCUUAAAAGCCCAUAUCACAUCAGAUCCCCACAAUUUAUUGAUGAAAAACUGGACUACCCAAACAUCUUUUUGUAACUGGGUCGGAAUCACCUGUGAUCCACUCAAUUGUCGUGUCACCGGGUUGAAUAUUUCCAAUAUGCAGCUUGUGGGUACCAUUCCUCCCGAAAUCGGAAACCUUUCUUCUCUCAUUUCUCUAGAUAUGAAUGAGAACUCCUUCUACGGUCCGAUUCCGGCCUCCCUCUUCAACUUGUCAUCCAUACAAGUAAUAACUCUGAGAGGUAAUGCUUUGUCAAGUGAGCUACCAACCGACAUGUGCAAACACAGCCUUCACAACCUCAAAUUGCUUCGCAUAUCAUUCACUAAGUUGUAUGGGGAAAUACCAUCGAGCUUGGGCCUAUGUUCAAGCAUUGAAGUACUUUCCUUGUACAACAACAGCUUGGUUGGAGAGGUGCCAAAACAAAUUGGGAACUUGACAUUGCUCACUCAGUUAUACCUUGGGUUCAAUAGUUUAACUGGUGACAUUCCAAAAGAGAUUUCUCAUCUUCACAUGUUAAAUUCAUUAUGGAUGGAAACAAACAAAUUUACUGGACCGUUACAACCAGAAAUUGGUAAUUUGACAUUCCUUCGAGAAUUAAUCCUUUACAACAAUAAUUUAACAGGUAACAUUCCAAAAGAGAUUGGUCAUCUCAAUAGUUUAGAAACAUUAAGCAUGGCAUCCACCGGACAUAGAGAAUUGAUUCCAAAAGAGAUUGGGAACAUGACAGCUCUUCGUCAUAUAUACCUCGAUAACAAUGCAUUAAAUGGUGCUAUUCCACAUGAGAUUGGACUGCUGAACAAUUUACUAACUUUGUCCAUUGAUUCGAACAAGUUGGCGGGCCCUUUACCGACGACCCUUUUUAACAUGUCGUCUGUGCAGUAUAUUUCACUGAGUCAUAACAAACUUAGUGGGACAUUGCCAAGAGAAAUUGGGAACAUGAAGGAGCUCCAAGAAUUAUACCUCAUCAACAAUACCUUAACCGGUGUGAUUCCAGAAGAGAUUGGUCGACUUGAUAAAUUAGUUGCAUUAUACAUGAAUGACAACAAGCUCAUCGGCCCUUUGCCUCGAGUCUUCAAGAUGAAAUCACUUACAGCAUUAUCUCUCAACAAAAAUGCUUUGACUGGUAUCAUUCUGGGAGAGUUGUUCACCGCCAAUAUUAAGAGUAUUGAUCUCUCCGAUAACCAUUUCCAAGGUUCCAUACCGCCAGCUAUUGGAAGAUCCCUCAACUUAACUUAUCUCAACUUGGCGAAUAACAAUCUCUCCGGUUCUAUACCUUCCACCAUUUGCAAAUUGAGAUUCCUCGAAUUCCUUGAUCUAUCAAACAACCACCUGCAGGGGCCACUUCCUAAGUGUAUACGGGAGCUGAGUAAAUCCUUGCAAAUUCUGCAUUUGAAGUGCUUGAAUUUGUCUCGCAACAUUCUCAAUGGGCAGAUACCAUCAUCUAUUGGAAAUGUGAAAGGAUUGGAAUCAUUAGACUUGUCUUCAAACCGAUUGAAUGGUGAGAUUCCUCGGCAAUUGACAAUGUUGAAUUUUCUUUCCAAGUUAAAUCUUUCGGUGAACGAUCUUGUUGGAGAGAUUCCUCAAUCCGGCUGGUUUGGGAAAUUUGAUAAUAGCUCAUUUAUUGGGAACCUGGGAUUAUGUGGAUUUCCUCUGACUAAAAAAUGCAAGCAAGUUAUCAGGUCGCCUCCUCCAGAACGUGAGGAUUCUAAUUUUGAGGAUGAAUUUGGUUAGUGACUGGUGGUUUUGGGUUAUAGAUGUGUUGGGUUAGGGCUUCCAACUUGUGGAAAAAAGAUCCAAAUAUUAUUGGCCCAUUUAUUUACUUAAAUAGGUCAAUGGAGAACUUAUAAAUACCUACCAAGUGUGUAGGAGCCGCCACAAUUGAGAGAAGAGAGAGAGAAAAACGUGUAGAAGGAAAUAAGAGGGAAAAGAGUGUUCUCCAAGUUUCUGCACUGCGCAGUCUCGGGUUUUGUCUCGAUCGGAGGUCCAAACAUUGUCCGAUCGACUUGAAAUUUUAACUGGUGGUAGAAGACUCGUGGUUCUUCAUUCUGACCGAAGGAAAUUGAAUUUGAACGGUUAGAUCUUCAGUUAUAAAUUUCUGAACGUGACUGCAGUUUCUUGAGAUGUUUAUUUCAUCUAUUUUGAAGUUGUAUUGAUUAUCUAGUGCCUUCGUUGUGUUGUUAAGGAUUAGAUAUCAUUGUAAACUUCUUGGUUGUAUUCUCUCCUUGGUGAUAGUGGAUUUGGUAGACCGGUGGGUCUCGUGGUUUU